CAAAUACAUUUUCCCAUCACGAAUUAGAUCUAGAUCUAGAUCUAGUCUUAAAAUAAUCGGUAUUCAUAACAGGAACACAGGAAGUCUACAUCUACUUAAGAUAUCCAAAUACGAAGGGCUAUGAUUAGACAUCUAACGCUUCUAAGUAAGAUUUAUUGAAGGACAAAGUUCGAGAUAUCUAAACCAAGCCCGGGCCUAGGGCCUCGGCUAGCUUGAGUCUUCGGGAGGGAGUGGCUGGCCGGGAAGAUGAAGUCGGUGAAGGGCCUAGGCGAGAUGGAGCGAGAUCCAACCAUGGAUGCUCGCAUUGUGCACACAGUGGGUGUCACCAACAAGAAAGAAAUGUCAACCCUGCGUCAUAAGGAAAGGUCGCUGAAAAGUGCCAAAAAGGUCCAGGAUCACAUCAAUCGCCAGGAGGAGAAGGAACUAAUGAGACAGCUCACCAAGCUACAAGAUGAGAAAUGUAGACGACAUCCCGACAUGCCCGAUUCUCGCUCUCAGUCUCGAACCAACUCUCGUCUGUACGGGAAUCGGACGGACAGCAACACUAACAUGAUUCUACAGGUCAACCACCCAACGGGUCAUUUGCACAACGGGUCAAAAAACGGUGGAAAGUUGACGGGGGGUAAAUCCAUUCACAGUGCAGCUAUAGGUUCUAGGUCGCAACUCACGGGUCCACCAGCAUCUUCCCAGUCGGGUCUCCAUAGAGGAAGAUCAAGUCAUCAGGCUCUGACCCACAGGCGUCAAUCUAUCGACAUCGUGCACGAUGGCGGCGUCGGCCAGGUCCCAGGAUCAAGACAUAUGAGUAAUGGCAUCAGCCCGCAGACGUCGUAUGAGCUGACCCAAGGACCCCCUCCAGUCCACCAGCCGGCUGGAUAUGGACACACCAUCAAGGAACAAGUGAACAGAGAAGGACUAAACAAAAAGAGACCAUCUCACAGCUACAUGGAUCCCAAGAGUGGCCCUAUGCAUCACCGAGCCAGCAUUUUAAUGGAAGAUCGGAUGAAAGGGUCUCAAAUGAUGCUUGCCAGACCCGGCGACAUGACGGGUAGUCGAUUCUCCCUGAACACCUCAAUGCACAGUCAGCACCAAGGUCCCAAGGCGUCCAGUCACCUGCUAGCAGGCGGCGGACCUCGCUCCAGAGAAUCGGGCCACAUGAUCGCAGGACCGCCAACGUCCUCUCACGGCAUGGCCAUCCCCAGUCGAUUCCUCUCGAGCAGACUCUUCAGUGGGCAAGCACUCCUGGAGGAGGGCCAAGAACAACAUCGGAAAAAGGGCAAGAAGCACCGCUCACCUCCCCGGACAUCAAGUGACCAUUCAAGUUCCGAGUCGGCAGAAUCAGAAACAGUCCUUAAGCUUGAGUGUCAUGAAGGCUUGGACGAAGGUGAUGAUUCAUCCAGCCACACAAGUAGUGAUCAUAAAGUCCAUUUCAAGGAAGAGAAAAAGAAAGAGGAGGAUAAAGCAGGAGAGGGCGCUGUCGCUACGACAAGGAAAGAGGGCAGGGUGGGUAAAAGCGACCAUGUUGUUGCAGCACGCCGAGCAUCUGUCAGUCAAGCUCAAGAGGACAGGAAGAAAUCCGACCGAAAACCAUCACAUUCGAAAGAGCAAUCAACGCAGAAACAAACUUCUCCAAAAGGAAAGAAGAAUAUAAGUAAGAGUGCCCAUGUUGUUAAAUUAAGCAGCGAGUCCAGGCAUGACAAAACGACGGACCACCAUGAUUCAAGACGAGAACAUGUUAAGAAAGCAAAAUCUAAAGAUGCUUCACACAGUCAUAUCCACAUCCCGAUGGAGGUACUGAAUGAUCUUCGCUCAGCCCUCUAUACAAACACCAAGGGCGAGGGUGGCAGUGGUAACAUCGAGGAGCUCAUCGCCGGCAACGUCGGCAGCACCAUGGCAUACGACCCUUCGAGCAACUCUAUUCAAGCCCGUCGAUUCCGUGCUCAAGUUCGCGCGAUGCAGCACGUCAACCCUCACGCGGCAGCUCAGAGGCACCAGCACGCCGCCGAUACAUCGAUGAACUUUGACCCACUGCAAGUCCUGCAAUGCCGCUACUUGCGACUUUCGCAGUCCAACAUCGAUUCGUUGACGGAGAUGUGUCGCGAUUUGGGCGUGGAAGUCGGCGUCCACCCUCACAUGAACAUAGAAGACGUUGGGAAAUUCAUUUUCGACAAGGAGAAACAGAAGUCGAGGACCUCAAGCUCGAGUAGUAGUAGUGUGGAGCAAGUUCUUGUAUGAUAACUGUGCAUCAAUUCCACCUAUUAAUUUCAUUAUUUGUUUCAUGUUUUGACAUUUGCUACUUCAGUAUUGUGUUUUUAUUAGUCAAUAAUUGUAUAACGUGCACUGGGUCACAAAAUGACAAUCACCAUAGAUUGAAGGCGUAUCUACAAUAUAGACUCGGAGUCUGUCACACUAGCCGGCACCGUUAAAAUGUCUUCAAAAACUAUCAAUCUGCUUGGAAAUGAAUUUUCAUCAACCUUCAACAAAAUACAUUGACUACUUAUACUAUAAGUGGUCUUAUAACCAAUUAUCAUAACAUGCCCAUUUUGGUUUUGUUUCGAGUGACGAAUUCCUCACGGCUUGGAAAUGAUGUUAUUAUUCUAAUAAAGACAAAAUAAAUUUGACUCAAAGGGAGUUCAUCUUUUCCUACUGGUAGAAUAAAAUAUAGAUUGAGAGUACUUCGGCUGCAUUUAAGAAUACAAAGUUAUCGUUGAAAAAAUAAGUUUUUUUUUAAUGUUUAAGCAAAAUGUGAUAAUUUAAAACAUUUGAAUAUCUUUAAAAUACCAAUAACCGGGCAACCGCUGAACAACGUGGAGCCCGAUUUUGCAUUUUCAAAACUAAUAUCUGAUGCAAUUAGAUGACAAAAUUAUACUCUUGACCAAAAUAAAGCGUUCAAUUUUUACUUGAUCACAAAAUUUAGAGAAUAGAAAAUUUAAUUUCAAGUAAGAGGCGUCAUCUCCCUAUCCCAUCCCCAGCGAAAUAGUGGUCUUAAAGAAUCAUAUUAUGUGUGACAUGAAUGUUAAUCGACUUCGUUGUUACGAUAUCCUUAAUAUCUACAACAAAAUCAGGUGAAAAAGGUAUACAUAUUUUGUAACAUACAUGUAGCCACUCACUUGGAACACUGUAUGACUACUUUUUGUUGUCUCCCAUUGAAAACAAGACUUUUGUAAUCAAAGUUAACACUCGCAUACAUUCAUAAUGAUUACAGUUUCUCUUUAGAUAAACAUCACUUUCUACAUUUUAGUAAAAAAGAUAUAAGUGAAGUAAAAUAAAUUAAAAGCAGACAAAAUAGAACAAAUUUAAUACCUGUUCAUUCUCUGACUUUUGAUUGCACGCUGGAUAGUAACAGGUUUUAGAUUACCAGUUUACUCAUCUAUUCGAACCUUUUAAGCACAUUUGUGGAACAAAAGUUACCCUGAACGACCCGGUAGCUGGCGAGAGGCUUAUUUCGCGUACCAGAAUUAAUGUUGCAAGGUGUACUCAGUCCAAAUAGAGAUGCUUUCAUAGUUUCAUGAAAAGCGAGUGUUUUUAAUAGACCUGAUUACUUAUGUAUUUCAGUUUAUGCAUGUGUAUCUACAUGUAUGUAAAUAUAUCUGAUUCACCUGCUAAAUACAUAUUGGCAUCUCUAUAGAUAAAAUCCACUUUGCCUACAUUCACUGUGCUAUAUGUAUGUCUGACAAGCCUCUGACAAGCUUUUGGGGAGGUCAAGAUAAACCUUUCAACAAGAAGUAUGCAUAACAUCAGCAAACAAGCCUAUUGGACUGCAUAUGACUGUUAUAAAAUGUUA